AAUCUACUCCCGUCUUUCUUUUACAUUAUCUCUUUUCUUAUCCUCUGAAGUGUAGUGGUCAUAUUAUCUUAACUGAAUAAGGCUUGUUCUGUAUCUGCUAUGUAACAAUAAACUGCUGACGGACAAAUUACAAACUGGAUCUCUAUUGAAUGGAAGAAUCAUUAAUUGGUAGUUUGGUACCUAUUACUUGGACAGGUUGGAAAUUGGGAAGAAAACAAUUGAUCAAAAGGUGCUACGCUUAGUUAUUAUUUCUUUUUUUAACAGAACAACUACUAACCCUUUUUCUAAUAACAAUAUAUUCCACUGAGUUAUUUCAUUAAAUCUAGUCUGAUAUUUAGGCCCUAUGGGAGAGAAUUCACCAAGAUGGUUUGAAAAUGUGCAACAGAGGCCAAUAAAUAAGCUACUGAAAGUGAUAACGUUAUAGUUAAUGCGGGAAAGGCAUUACACCCUACGCUUAUAUUCUGUGUUUACACUUACCAAUAAUCCAUUGCUUCAAUUUCAUCAAAACUGAGUUUUUGGUGGGGGCUAAGAGAAGUAUAUUUACCCUAUAAUAUUUUUCAGGUUGACGGCCUCUUUCUGAACGUGAAAUCUUGGCUUUUAUGCAGUGUUUUAUUUUCUGAGGAAACCUUAUUUCUACUCUAACAGACUUCAAGAAGCAAUUACGAGACAAGACAAUCACAUGCAUCUUCAUCUAAUUACUCAAAUUAUCUGCAUCAUGAAAGAUGUAUACAUUGCUAUAUACAAUACAGCUAUUGUGGAAUAUAAUCUUAUGUUAUUAUAAAAUUUAAGGAAAAUUCUCAUCGAGUUAUAUCAUAGCUUCAGAGGUUCAAUUCUUAGCAUAAGUAGAUUCAUGAAUUUUCUGAAACGCAUCUAAUCUUGUUUGGCUAAUAUUGUAAGAACGCUUUUCUGAUCCACAAACUAUGGUUAAUGACCUUCAUGCCAUUGGUUUCAAAGCAAUCUGGAUGCUUGAUCCAGGGAUUAAAAAUGAGGAAGGUUACUUUGUUUAUGAUAGCGGAUCUGAUAAUGAUGUCUGGAUAAAAAAUGCAGAGGGCAACCCUUUCGUUGGGGAGGUAUGGCCAGGCCCUUGUGUUUUCCCUGAUUUCACACGAGGAGAAACACGAUCAUGGUGGGCAAAGUUAGUAAAGGACUUCAUUGCCAAUGGUGUUGAUGGAAUAUGGAAUGAUAUGAAUGAGCCUGCAGUUUUCAAAACUGUGACGAAAACAAUGCCUGAGAGCAAUAUCCACAGAGGAGAUGCUGAACUCGGUGGCUGCCAAAAUCAUUCUCACUACCACAAUGUUUAUGGCUUACUGAUGGCAAGAUCGACUUAUGAAGGCAUGAAAAUGUCUAGUGAGGAAAAACGGCCUUUUGUUCUCACAAGAGCUGGUUUUAUUGGAAGCCAGCGCUAUGCUGUAACAUGGUCUGGAGACAACCUAUCAACCUGGGAGCACUUACAUAUGAGUUUACCCAUGGUACUUCAGUUGGGUCUCAGUGGUCAACCUCUAUCAGGGCCAGAUAUUGGUGGGUUUGCUGGGAAUGCAACACCAAAGUUAUUUGGAAGAUGGAUGGGAGUAGGUGCAAUGUUUCCUUUUUGCCGUGGGCAUUCUGAAGCUGGAACUAUCGAUCAUGAGCCAUGGUCAUUUGGAGAAGAGUGUGAAGAAGUAUGCCGCCUUGCAUUGAUGAGGCUCUAUCAGCUUAUGCCUCACAUAUAUACUCUUUUUUAUAUGGCGCAUAUGAAGGGCACUCCUGUUGCAGUUCCAUCUUUUUUUGCAGAUCCACACAAUUCAAGUUUGAGAACAGUUGAAAAUUCUUUUCGGCUGGGACCACUUUUAGUUUGGAUCAGCACAACACCCGAUCAAGGAUCAAAUGAAGUAUCACAUAUUUUACCAAAUGGAACCUGGUUGCGGUUUGAUUUUGGUGAUGCGCAUCCAGACUUGCCAACUCUGUAUCUGCAAGGAGGAUCAAUAAUUCCUGUUGGACUUCCUGUUCAUCAUGUUGGGGAAAUGAACCUUACCGAUGAUUUAUCACUAUUUGUUGCUUUAGAUGAUAAUGGUAAAGCGGAAGGUGUUUUAUUUGAAGAUGACGGUGAUGGCUAUGGGUAUGUUCACGGGGCUUUUCUCUUGACAUACUAUACCGCUGAACUGCAAUCUUCAAUCAUUACAGUUAAAGUAUCCAAAACAGAAGGGUCAUGGAAGAGGCCAAAGCGUUUUCUACACGUGCAUGUUAUCCUAGGUGGAGGUGCUAUGAUUAAUGGGAAGGGUAUUGAUGGAGAGGAAAUACAAACUACAAUGCCUUCAAACUCUGAAGUAUCUAACUUGAUACUAGCGAGUGAAAAUCAGUACAGAGUGCAUUUAGAAAGGGCCAGACCUAUCCCAGAUGUGGAUCGACUUCCAGGACAAAAAGGAAUUGAGCUCUCAAAAACUCCUGUUGAUCUAAAGAGUGGUGAUUGGGCUCUUAAAUGGUGCCUUGGAUUGGGGGCCGAAUUAUCUCUUAUGACGUAUCUACCUUCUGGGAGCCAGUGGCUUCAUAGUAGAGUAGAAAUUGAUGGUUAUGAAAAAUAUAGUGGUACUGAAUACCGUUCUGCUGGAUGCUCUGAGCAAUAUGCAGUUCUUGAGAGGGAUCUUCAACAGUCGGGAGAGGACGAAUCACUUUUAUUAGAAGGGGAUAUAGGCGGUGGAUUGAUUCUUCAACGCCAGAUAUCAAUUCAGAAAGAUGCUCCGGGAUAUCUCAAAGUGGAUUCUAGCAUUGUAGCUCGUAGUGUGGGUGCCGGUUCUGGAGGAUACUCAAGGCUGGUUUGCUUGCGAGUACACCCAACAUUCACUCUCCUUCACCCAACUGAAGUUUUUGUUACUUUCACUUCUAUCAAUGGUUCAAAACAUGAAGUCCGCCCAGAAUCUGGUGAACAAACUUUUGAGGGGACUCUCCAGCCCAAUGGGGAAUGGAUGUUGAUCGACAGUUGCGCGGGUCUCAGUUUGGUUAAUCGUUUUGAUUUGAGUCAGGUAAACAAAUGUCUGGUGCACUGGGGCACCGGAACAGUUAACUUGGAGUUGUGGUCGGAAGAGAGGCCUACAUUAUCAGUGUUGUAUCUUAGAUCUAUUUUUGCGAGUUAUGUGAUACUGGCACUUGAGAUCUCGCGUAAAUCUGAAACUUUUAUCAGGAACAUAGCAGGAAAUAAUGGCUCAGCAUUUGAUCAACCUGUUUAUGGUAGUUGCCCUAGUAUGUAUUCUUGUACAAGCACUGUAGUUUGGUCUCUAGUUACCGAAUUGACUGCAACUCAGAUCUACUCUGCAGAUUUUGCAUGCAGAUUUUGUAUGGUCUCUAGUUACCGAAUUGACUUCAGUUCGCUGUCCAAGAAACCUUCAUUGGCGUCACUACUUUGA